GCUUUGUUUAGUUAUGUGUAAACUGUUCAGAAGUGAGUGUGUGAACCUGAACACAGUGGAGAGCUGAAUGUUCUGUGAAACACUAGACUACGUGGUUUUCCUGUGGCUAAUAUGUUCUGCUUCCUGAUUCUGUCACUUUUAAGAUGAGCGUCUCGACAUUUUCACUUCAUCCAGAGGCUGUGAAAUGGCGCUGCUCGUCCUCCUGUUCUUCUUCCAUCUGAUUCUGGACAUUAACUCUCAAUAUGUUCCUCAGCCCCGGCUGCUGGUGUCUCCUGAAGUUAUCACAGUGAGAGGAUCAGUGCUUCUUCUCUGUGAUGUUCCACACCAUGUUAAAGUGUCUCAGUGUUUUUUCUACCCAGAGAAACAAAAGACAAAUCUAAAACUCUCUCCAUCAUGUCAGCUCUCAGUCACUGGUUCUGAACUGAUCAUGUGGACAGGACGCAGCUCUCCUGGAACACUUCAUAUUAUUUGUUACUACACUGAUACAUCAGGAAUUAAAGCUCCUUCUCCUCACUCUCUCCCAGCUCCAGUCACAGUGAUGUAUCAGAAACCAAGACUAAGUGGCAGUCAUGAUGAUCAGUUUGAUGAAAUCAGACUUGUAUGUGAAAUACCAGAGUCUGAGUCAGUAACUGCUGAUUUUAGCUGUAAUCUCUACACUGGAGAAAAUCCUCAGCCUUAUCUAAACCAAAGAUCUAAGAGACAAAAAUCUGGGAAGCUGCAUUGUAUUUUUUCAGCACAGAGAAAUGAUGUGUUUAAUCGUCUGCAGUCAGUAAAGAGCAGUGAAGUGAGCUGUGAUUAUUCACUGAUCUCUGACCCGACUGCUCUCUCUCUAAUGAGUGAUAAAUACAAUCUGAUACCUUUCAUUCCUGCACUGACACAGACGUCCAUCACUGAAAUAUCUACUGCAGGUUUCAUUUCUGAAUCAACACAGACGUCCAUCACUGAAAAAUCUACUACAGGUUUCUUUCCUACACCGACACAGACGUCCAUCACUACUGAGAAAUCUCCUGCAGAUCAGAAACCGAUACUAAACAUCAUUUUUGAUGAUCAACUUGAUAAAUUCACAUUUCUAUGUGAAAUACCAGAGUCCGAGUCAGUAACUGCUGAUUUUAGCUGUAAUCUCUACACUGGAGAAAAUCCUCAGCCUUAUCUAAAGACAUAUUUUCAAAAGAGAAAAUCUGGGAAGCUGCAUUGUAUUUUUUCAGCACAGAGAAAUGAUGUGUUUAAUCGUCUGCAGUCAGUAAAGAGCAGUGAAGUGAGUUGUGAUUAUUCACUGAUCUCUGACCCGACUGCUCUCUCUCUAAUGAGUGAUAAAUACAAUAUGAUACAUUUUGUUCCAACACAGUCACCCACAACUGAAAAAUCCACUUCAGAUGCGACACCAACAUCCAUAUUUACAGCUUCUUCAACUCAUCUCAUCACCACAAAGCACAUAACCACUCAUUUGUCUUCUGAAGUUUUCUCAUCAGCAUCCUCCACAACUAAAGAGAAAACUACUUCAGGGAAAUCCGUUUCAUCGUUAUCUCCAACUACGGCUACAGACUCCAUCUCCAUCUCUACUACAGGAAGUGGAAAUUCCACAAGUGGAGAGAAACCUCGAUCAGUCUUCAUCCUAAUGCUGUCAGCCACCGCUGUCUGUGUUUCACUGGCUGGACUGAUGAGCUUCUGUCUCUGCUGGUUUAUCAAGAAGCAGAAGGCUGAGAGACGUAAAAUGGACAUGACCCGUGAUGAUGAGGGAGUCAUGAUGUCCAUGGUUAAUUCGAAUCCAUCCGGUUUUGAUGCUGCUGGAACUUAUUCGCUGAUCACCUCAGUGCCCUUACCGGGCCUGCCUUUGGACCCCAGCGGAGACGUGAAUGAAGAUUCAAAGAAGACAGAAGACGACGUGUAUCACAUGUAUUGUUCCAUCGCCGACACGCAAGCGGUCACCAAAGACCAAGACGUGUCGGUGUACAGCCUGCUACAGACCCACUGACACACAGUACAGCUUACAGAAAGUGAAUGAUUAAUUAUGCUUAUAGUGUUUUGUUGUGCAAUGCAUGCAUUAAUUUAACGCUCUGCUUGAGAACUUUAAAUAAAUCCACUUAAAGCUGGAGUUUGCUCAUGACUGCAGUGUCCCAGAAGAAUUCUCACCACUGGGUUAAGACUUGGCAACAUUUUUUAAAACUCUAACACAAUGGUGUUGAAGGAGGACGACGGUUUUGCAAGUGAACAGCUGUUACAGGAAGCACACAGGCACGUAGACCUGCUCAUACAGAUGCAGAGAGAGAGAGAGGUAUGAGCUAAUGAGGUCAGGUUGGAAAGAUAAGCAGCAGAGCUCAAAUAAAAAAAUCUAGUACAGGCGAUUUAACCAUUUCACACACUUCAACCUCUUUACUCCUUUUCAUAUUUCCAGGGUUUUUUUUUUUUUUACUAUUUUGCAACUGUUUUUUCUUGUGCAGUUUUAACACCAGCUCAAAGAAAACGGCACAGCUUUUCAACACAAGCUUCAGCAAAACACACUCUCAGCUCUCUGCUCGCUAAAGAAAGAGGGAACAGCUUAAAUAAUUUAGAUAACGAGGUUCACAUGCACCGAAUCAGCUCGUUCCCCAGUGCUGACCCGCAGCUCAGCAUAGCCACGCCCCCCGAACUCCUGCAGAUGACAUCAUAAAUUGUUAAAAAAUGAACGACGAUAAAAUUGCAAUAACAAACAUUAGUUUUUUCUUUCUUACCUUAUUGUAUUGUUGCACAAACCUCAGAUUUUCACACACAACAGUCCACAGUGUACAACUGGCUCUGUGCUCCAGUUAGCAAAAAUCUUUCCAUACUGAUCAGUUCAUUUUAUCCGGUCCAUGUAUUUCACUCGAAAGUCAUUAAUUUCACUUGAAAUGAGUCUAAUUAUUGGAUGUUGUCUGGAUAAUGUUUCGCCCCACCCCUUCCUCGUCCAUUAAUGUGAGCUGACCAGCACUGAGCAGAUCUGUGUUGGAGCAGAUCCAUAUCCAUCGUUUUGUUUGGUGGACAAUAUUAAGGGUAUAAAAAAAAAAUGAAUAUUAACAAAAUAUAUCGCGUGUGCUGUUGGACUGAUCUUUAUGGUGGGCAGAGAUGAUUAUAUGCAAACAAUAGUGUGGCCAGUACAUUGUUCCUGUGUUUAGACAAACCUAUAUUACAGCAAAGUCCUAUAUUUAGAGUUGUAUUUAAAAAAAAUACAGAAACAUGUAGCCACAAAUUGUUUAGUUCUUCUGCUUUCAUUUGUCAUGUUCACACGGGCACUCACACACACACACACACACACACACACACACACGCACCUAAAAAACACCCCCUACACAUCCCUGCUAGUGAUCGCAUUCACACGGGAACCGCACUACCGGGAUCUAUGGCACGUCGAUGAGGCUCGCUUUCAUUUCUCCUUAUUAUUUCUGUUCCGUGUUGAGUUUUUGUGGUGGAGAUAAAAAUCUUUACAGGUUUGAUAUAAGAUUUAAAUUUAACGAAGGGACUGUUCAAAAAAUGUGAAGAUGUAAAGAGAGAUUGUUCCAGGUGCAACAAUAUAAAAAGAAUCUGACGUCAGAAACACCUUGUAACGAUCUUCAGGCUCUAAAUGUAGAUUAGAUGUGAAUUAGAUGCACAUUAGUGUACCUGAGAAUGAUGACAUUUAGCAAAGGGACAUUUCCUGUAUGAACUGUGACAGCAGUGAGGCUUGAACAUCCUGCUUUCACUAUUUGAUCUGCAUUUUAUCAUUAAUUCAUUGGAAUAUAUUUGUCUGUUCAUUUCUUCAC